GAAGAAUAGAACAGCAGUUGAAACAAAGUCCUCCUACUUCUGUCAGUGACUCUGACUGAACUACAGCCAGUAACUAGUAGAAGUAACGCUACAAGAACAAGACAUGUCCAGGUUGAUGAGAGCUAUCAGAGUCAGUGAGUUUGGAGGUCCGUCUGUCCUCAAACUGUGUUCCGAUGUGAAAGUGCCUCAACCCGGACACAGACAGGUGCUGAUCCGUGUCCAUGCCUGUGGAGUCAACCCCGUGGAGACAUACAUCCGCGCUGGGACUUACGCACGCAAGCCCACCCUGCCGUACACACCCGGCUCUGAUGUCUCUGGAGUGGUGGAAACUGUAGGAGAGGGAGUCACAGCAGUAAAGGCUGGGGAUCGAGUUUUCACCACAGCCACAGAGACUGGAGGUUAUGCAGAGUACACUGUGGCGACAGACGACUGUGUCUACAAACUGCCUGAUGCUUUAGACUUCACCCAGGGAGCAGCCAUAGGAAUCCCAUACUUCACUGCCUAUAGAGCUCUGGUUCACAAAGCACACAGUAAGGCUGGAGAGACUGUCCUCAUCCAUGGAGCAAGUGGAGGGGUUGGUGUGGCAGCAUGCCAGUUAGCCCGUUCUCUGGGCCUCAGGGUGUUGGGGACAGCAGGGACACCAGAGGGAAUGAAGCUGGCUCUCGGCAAUGGAGCUCAUCGUACUUUUAACCACAGAGAGGAGGGCUACACAAACAAAAUCAUGGAAGCCACAGAGGGCCGAGGCAUAGAUGUGAUCGUGGAGAUGCUGUCAAAUGUCAACCUCAGUAAAGACCUUCAGAUGUUAGCCUACGGAGGACGUGUCAUAAUCGUUGGCUCCAGAGGCCCCAUAGAGAUCAACCCAAGAGACACCAUGGCUAAAGAGAGCAGCAUCACUGGAGUGGCUCUGUUCUUCGCUACACCGGAGGAGAGGAAAGAGUGUGCAGCACUGCUCUUCGCAGGGAUGGAAGCUGGUUGGCUGCAUCCAGUCGUCGGUUCCCAGUAUCCGCUCGACAAGGCUGCCCAAGCCCACCAUGACAUCAUCGAGUCUCCCGGGGCUGCUGGGAAGAUGGUCCUGACCGUGUGAUGAUGUGACCAGAUCACAGGUCAAAGGUCACCAAGUAGAGUUUUGGUUGGAUACUCUUGAGGAGCUUCUACAAGCACACAAUGGUUAACAUGCUUACAUGUAGACAGACAAUGACUAUUGAAUAUGAUAUCUUGUUAUAGUUGGUACAAGAUACAAAGGACAAAAUAUUGAGCUGAUUAAUGAAAUACCAGUUAAUUUAUGUCAACUGAUAUAUGUUUAUAUAACACACAGUCCAAGCCAGCAUGACAGUGAC